AAAUAUUCGUAACUUUGUUUUUCAGGAUAAGCAUAUUCCCAUUUUCGCGUGUGCCAAACUCCCCAUAGCACACAGAAGAGCCAAAGCAUAGCCAUGGCUGGGAUCACCACCAGCUUCCCUUUCAAGCCCCUCCCAACUAGACCCACCAAAACAAUACCUUUACUUCUCUCUUCCCUCGAAUCUAAGCUCUUUGGGCUCCAUUUCCGCAACCCCAAUAGUUUCUCCUCUUCUUCUUCUUCUCUUCACUGCUCUGCUGCUAUAACUGCCCGUUACGGAGGUGAUUCUCGGUUUUCAGGUCCCGGUCGGUCCAGACGGAAUGAUGAAGACCAGGCCCUUGAUAUAUCUGGCAUUAGGUCAGAUUCUGUCAGGCUUAUUGAUGAGCAGCAGAAUAUGGUUGGGAUAGUUUCUAAAAGCCAGGCCGUUGAAAUGGCCGAAGAUGCGGAGCUCGAUUUGGUGAUAUUAUCCCCUGAUGCAGAUCCUCCAGUUGUCAGAAUAAUGGAUUAUAAUAAGUAUAAAUAUGAACAGCAAAAGAAGAAGAAAUUACAGCAGAAAAAAACCAAUCGCAUGGAUUUGAAGGAGCUCAAAAUGGGUUAUAACAUUGAUCAACAUGAUUAUUCUGUACGUUUGAAAGCUGCAAGGAAGUUUCUGAAAGAUGGUGACAAGGUUAAGGUCAUAGUGAACUUGAAAGGGCGAGAAAAUGAAUUCAGAAAUAUGGCUAUGGAGCUCAUUAGGCGUUUCCAGAAUGAUGUUGGGGAGCUCGCAGCAGAGGAGAGCAAAAACUUCAGAGACAGGAAUAUAUUCAUAGUUUUGGUUCCAAAUAAGGCUCUUCUGCAAAAAGCUCAAGAUCCAGGAAAGAAAAAAGAUAAACCGACCAAAAACGAAGUCUCAGCUGGUGUCUGACGAUUAAAUCUCGAAGAGAAUUUUGGCAGUAUAACAGUGGGCGGUUAGAUUUAUGUUCAUCAACUAGGGCACUGGGCCUUGUCCUUGGGAAGUCUUGUAUAGUAUAUUAGUGUCACAACCCGUAUCAAAUGUUUAUUAAGAUUUUAAUAACAAAGCAACUUUGUCUACAUCAAAUGCUUAUAACAGUUUAUCGGACCACAAUCGAAUUUCUCUCUUGGUAUUC